AUGGCCACGACAACCCCCGGAUGGUACCAGCCCUCCGUGACAAGCAUUGACCCUGCAGCCCGGUCUCUCCUGGAAGAAUACAGCGGGCUCUCACCGGAUGAGGUGCUCCCGCACGUUGUCGCCCUGCGCGACAAAGCCUUCCAGAUCUUUCCGUACCCGUGCAUUGGCCAAAUGCGCUUUCUGACCUGCCACCUUGCCCGUCUUCCGUUCUAUUCGCGCGUGCUCGCUCGUCUUACCCUUAGCGAGCAUGCAGGUUUUCUCGAUGCUGGCUGCUGCGUCGGCCAGGAACUGCGCCAUUUAGUGCACUGCGCCAAAAUCCCCGCUCGCAAUCUGUAUGGGUUUGACUUGGAAGCAGGGUUCUUCGACCUCGGAUACGAAUUGUUCCGCGACGAUGCUACCAAGUUUCAGGCUAGCCUGAUCCCUGCAGAUUUAGGCGUGGAGGGCCCCGAAUGGGAAGUUUCCCCGCUUGUGAAAACGGUAGUCGGCAAGAUUGAUGUCGUGUGGGCUGGCUCGUUGCUCCAUUUCUGGAACUAUGAGGGCCAGCUACAGGGACUGCUUCGGCUCAUUAACUUGUGUAGCAGGAAUGAAGGCGUGAUGGUCUGUGGUAGGCAGAUGGGCAGCGUAUUGGCUGGCGAGUAUGAAAUGACUGGCUUGCUGGACAAGAAAACCUAUCGGCACAACGUCGAGAGCUUGAAAGGCUUGUGGCUUGAUGUCCAGCAGCGCACAAAGUCGCGGUGGCAGGUCGAGGCCGCGUUGGAGGUCGGCGAGACGACGGCCAAUAUGCAGGGCAUGAGUUUUGUGGAUUCGAAUGCGCGAGUCAUAUGGUGGUGUGCCACCAGAUUAUCUUCAUCUCUCUGA